AUGGCAGGUGGAGGUUUGGACGACGAACUGCUCGCGCUAGCGGGUGAAUCUGGUCGCAAGAACAUCGAUCUCUCUUCGUCGGACGAUGACGACGAUCGUGUUGUGCGCACCGGCUCGAAACGCGACUCGAAGCCAUCGGCUUCUUCGUCCUCAUUGGCCAAGAAGCGUCGGCUCGAUCUUCUGGAUGAGUCCGCCUCCGGUUCCGACGCCGACGCUCCCGGUUCCGACGACGAUGCUGCCGGCUCUUCCUCCGCCGACGAACGACGCGAUCCGUAUCCGUAUCAGGGGAUCUACAAGUCGGCUCGUGAUAUGGAAGAGCUCAUGUCGAUGAACGAGUUGGAUCGGGAAGAUAUCCUCGCCAGAAGAAGGGACGAGAUCAACGAGCGAAGGCAAAAGUUUGAGUUGGCUGCGCUCGUAAAAGCGCAAAAAGCGGCAGCGGGAGCGACGAGGAAAGCAGCGAGUAAGAAGCGUGUUGUUCGAGGUGGCAAGAGAGACGACUCGCUCAGCGAAGAGAGCGACGCGGGUCAAGAGGAAGAAGAUGGAGAUAGCGAUUUCCUAUACGGAAGUGGUGCGGCUUCAGCAGCCAAGAGCAGGAAGAAAAAGUUGCCGGGACAGACAGAUGCGAAAUCGGCCAAGUUGUCGGAACUCAGAAAAAAGAGGAAGGAGAAAGCUGCUGGCAUCUCUCGAACUGGAGCCGACUCGGACGACGAGGUUACGGAAAAGUCGAAAUCGCGCAAUCGAAGGAGUUACGCUUCCGAUUCCGCAUCCGAAGUGUCUUACUCUGACUAUUCAGACGAACAAGAUUACCCACGUCGCACCAAACUCGCCACCGCUUCUGCAGCAAAAGACCUCGCUUCUGCUCGAGACUCUUCCGAUCCACCUUCGCUGUCGGACCUCAAUGCCGCACGUGUCACACGCGACCAGAUCGAAUCUCGACUGUACGCUCCACGCUGGCGCGACGUGCUCACCGGAAGCUUUAUCCGCUUUUCCUGGGGCACACGUCCAUCAGACUCGCAACCGGGACGCACCGAAACCGUCUACCGCAUCCACCAGGUGAGCGAUGUCAUUGAGAAACCGGGCAAGUUCUACGACCUCUCGGCCGAUCGCUCCGGUAAGUGGUGCAACGUGUAUCUCGUCUUUGAGCAUGCGGGCAACGAACACGAGGCACGAAUCGACAUGCUCUCGCGUGGAGAAUUCACCGAGUCCGAACGUGAGCGAUGGAUCGCGUUUGUGAAGUCCUCCAAAGGCAGCGCCGGUGGCGGCAAGUUGCCCAAAAAGGGCGCUGUGAGUAGGAAAGCCGACGAACUGGAAAAGUUCUUCACGAGCCCACUGACCGAACAGGAUAUCGGCAAGAUGUUGGAAACCAAGAAAAAGUUGAGGGUUGAAGCAAUCAGUGUCAUGGGUGGACGCACUGCGCUGGGUGCUACUGCUGGAUUCGACUCGCCCAGAGCGAAUGGUACUCCCGGUGUCGCCACUCCGAUCGGUACCAAGGACGCCGUCGCAGCACAGAGUUUGGAAGCAAGGCUCGUGCAGGUCAACGUACGAAACCGCGCCCUAGACCGUUCCAAGCAGUCGGACGUCGAACGCAAAGCCAGAAACAACAAGAUUGCCGCCAUGCAAGCCGCCAAAGCCGCCUCGCAGCAGCAAGCCGAAUCACAAGACCAGCACAGUCAAGAGCACAAAGACGGUGGUGUCGAGUUGACCAAUGCGAAGGUGGGACAGAGUGGCAUGGGGAAUGGCUUUGUUGCGGUCAAGAACUAUUCGACACUUGUCCAAGUGGAUCUGGGUGACUUCUGA